AUACUUUUCAAGUGCAUUUAACAAUGACAUUGAGUUAUUAGGAAGUUUUGAAACAAAUCAAAUUUUUUCAAUUGUUUUGGGUGUGUUUUUAUUAUCUGUUCAAGUUCAUUAACAAGUGUUUCUUGAUAAUACUCAUGUAGUUGUCGUGAACUUGGCGUCAUGGCUGUUCAUGACCUUUGGAUUCGUGAUGUUCUAACAAUAUAUGGCUCUCUAAUAUUUGGAACAGUGUUUAUCUAUUAUAUUGUCAAGCUAAAGUGGUCAAAGUUCACCAAUUAUAUUUACAGAUCACAUCUACUAGGCUUUGAAACAGAGUGUGCAGAAUUAAUGGUAUCUUAUAAAAAACGUCUUCUUGAACCAUUGAAUAAUAUCAUCUCAAAGGAUCCAGUGCUAAAAGCUAAAAAUUGUAUCAGACUUCUUGAAAUUGGAGUUAAAACUGGACAAAAUAUUCCAUUUUAUCCUGAUGAGACUCAUUUUAUUGGCGUGGAUUGUAAUCAUAAACUCGAAGAGUAUUUAACUCGAAAUGGUCCAUUGUGGCAGUUUGCUCAUAUUUUUAUUGAAAAGAUCAUUGUUGGUGAUGGAACCCAACUGAAGCAAAUUCCAACAGGCUAUGUUGAUGCAGUAGUCACGAUCAGAUCUUUGUGUUCUAUUUCUCCAGUAGCUGAUACUCUUCAGGAAAUUAAAAGAAUCCUUGUGUUGGAUGGACAGUAUUUUUUCUUGGAGCACAUACCUCAUCGCAAAGGUACAUUGACUCGUUGGUUACAGGAAUUAUUAACGAAGACUAAAAUUUGGCCUACUCUAUUUGGUGAUUGUCGAUUAGAUUCUAACCCCUUGAAAGAAAUCAAAACAACAGGAUUUCGUAAAGUCAAGUGGGAUACAUUCAAAUUACAAGGGGAUGUAACUCAAUCUUAUCGUUUAAAUUUAACUUGUUAUCAUAUGAUGGGAAUAGCUAAAAAAUAAUUAUCUUAAUAAUAAUAAUAAAUACAAAUGUUUAUUUGUUUAUAACUUCCUUCAUAAAGCGUUUUUACAAUGUAUGUAUCAACAAAUGAUUAUUAAAUUUUUAUCUACAUAAA